UGCCCCGUACCUGACUGCGGGAGCACCUUCACGAGGCGGUUCAAUCUCCGAGGCCAUCUGAGGUCUCACACUGAGGAGCGACCGUACGUGUGUGAGUGGCCGGGGUGCAACAAGGGUUUUGCGCGCCAGCACGACUGCAAACGUCAUCAAGCACUGCACGCGACGCGUCCACAAUCCAACAUAUGUCCAGGGUGCAAAAAGACGUUCAGCAGGCUGGACGCACUCAAC